AUGUCACCUUCCCACAACCCAUCUCGUCUCGCCACUCUGAACAUUCCUUCUCGUAUGCCUCCCGACGAUGUCUGGACGCUGCCACAGGACCAAGCCCGGAAAGACCUGUAUGGGGUAGACGUUGUCCUGACCCGCUGUCCGGAGACCGGAAACCCCGUGGUCAUUGAUGAAGGCCACGAACUGCGGGGUUUCAACGUCCAAGCCAAGUCUACUGCCAGGUCAUCCAGCGCAGAGUCUUCGACUAGCUCGUCGGGCAAGUCGAGCGUAAUGCGGAGCUAUGGCAGCAGCAGCGCCUCAACAACUCCCGAGUUGGCAUCUUCCGGCUCAUCUGAGGAGGAAAUCAUCCCGGCGUUGAAAAUCAAGACUGGCGUUGCCAUUCGCCAUCCUCGACCUGUGUAUCCCAUUCCAACGUUUUACGAGCGCGAUCCCACUCCACCUCCAGACCCCGCUGAGGAGCGCUACAAAUAUUACCGUGACCAGCUCCGCAAUGCCACCAACAUAGCCGCACCAAUCUGCGAAUUACUUGUGUCUGGUCUUGGGCACGUCACGGCCAAAGUCGUCGCGCCACUGCUCGCCCGUCUGUCCGUCGGCAAACCGAACGUAGUUGCGGUUAUCCGAAGCGAGGCCAUCAAGCUAUUCCGCGCUUACUGGGAUACUGAUGCGUGGCGGAAAGAACCGCAUGGCGAGCAUGACUACCUGACCUCCCGCGGGGUCAACAUUGCCGGCCUCCUUGGCUCGCUCUUCGCCAACGAACUCUUUCCUACUGACGACGUCUUGCGCGCGAUUGGUGUGCUAACGGCCGGCAACCCGGCCUUCCUCAAGUUAAUGGCUCUACAUGCAUUGGUCGUGCACGCUGGCCCGCCGGUUUGUGUCGGUGACGCCAGGCUCCGAAUCGAGGGUCUUCUUGCCGUUGUAUUUGCCCGGGACUCUGCGGGGGCUCUUGUGUGGGGUCAGCACGAGGAAAGCGCGGUCCUAGUCCAGCACUUGAUGCAGGUUUUCGAGGCAUAUCUAGCCAGCGAUGAUAUGCGCCAAAUUCACGAAAAGGCUGUGGCAUAUACAGCGCCGUCUGCCACUAUGCGGUACCGGAUUGAAGAGAGCCACGAGUAA